GAAAGUUUGACAUGUUUGAAAACCAAUAUUGUUCUUUCAAUUAUUUCCUUGAUCUAAAGACUUGACGUCAGUGGUGAUUCCGGAUUAUAGAAAUAGAAAAUGUUACGUUUGCAACCAAGGAGCUGUUAUAAAAAGUUAGGACAUUGUGUAAUUCGCUAUUUAAGCAGUACUUCCGAGGCAACCCCUCAUGUUUGCAUCGUAGGAAGUGGACCAGCAGGCUUUUAUACAGCUCAGCAGCUCUUGAAGGGUCACCCAAAAGUCCGAGUGGAUAUUCUAGAGAAGCUUCCUGUUCCAUUUGGACUGGUGAGAUUUGGAGUUGCCCCUGAUCAUCCUGAAGUGAAGAAUGUUAUCAACACAUUUACCCAAACUGCACAAAAUGACAGGUGUCGCUUUAUCGGAAAUGUGCAUGUCGGUGAUGAUGUCACAGUGGCCCAGUUACGCCAUCUUUAUACAGCUGUUGUGUUUUGCUAUGGUGCUGACGAUGACAGAACACUAGGGAUCCCUGGAGAGGAUAUCCAUGGUGUUUAUUCAGCUAGAUCUUUUGUUGGCUGGUAUAAUGGACUGCCUGAGAAUACACAGUUGGAACCAGAUCUAGACACUGAUACUGCUGUUUUGGUAGGGCAUGGGAAUGUAGCCUUGGAUAUUGCCAGGAUAUUGCUCACACCUGUUGAUAUAUUAAAGAAAACAGAUAUAACCCAGCAUGCGUUAGAGGCAUUGUCACGCAGCCGUGUCAGACGUGUGUAUACAGUUGGACGGCGAGGCCCUCUACAGGUGGCAUUCACUAUCAAAGAAUUAAGAGAAAUGACAAAGAUUCCUGACUGUACUCCUGUGAUAAACAAAGAAGACAUCACACCAUUGGAAAGCAUAAUAAAAGAUAUUCCAAGGCCAAGGAAGAGACUAUCUGAGCUUAUGAUAAAAACUGCAAAGGCUGAAAUGACAGACUCAUCCAAAGAAUGGCAUUUGAAGUUCCUACGUAGUCCAUUAGAGAUCAUAGCAGACAAUACAAACUCACGUGUUGGAGCCAUACGUCUUGGAAUCAACAAACUUGAGGGUCCCUUAGAUGAGAAACAAAAAUCUAUACCCACAGAGGAAGAGGAGUCGUUGCCAUGUGGACUGGUGUUACGAAGUAUCGGAUACAAAAGCAUAAGUAUAGAUGGUGCCAUUCCAUUUGAUACAAAACAAGGGAUUAUAAAAAAUACUGCUGGUCGGGUACAUGGUGAAAAUGGUUUGUACUGCAGUGGAUGGGUCAGAAGGGGACCUACAGGGGUCAUACUAACCACAAUGACUGAUGGGUUUGAUGUUGGGAAAGUCAUAGUGGAAGAUCUGAACUCUGGUGCUAUACAAGCUGAUCAUACACAUGUUGGAUAUGAUGGCCUUAUGGUUACUCUUAAUAAAUCAGGAGUGAAAACUGUGUCGUUCUCAGAAUGGGAGAAAAUAGACAAUGCUGAGAGUAGAAAUGGAGAAAAGGUCGGGAAACCACGAGAAAAGUUCACAAACAUUAAAUCAAUGAUGGAUUUAGUAACAUGAAUAAUGAAUAUGAAUUCUUCAAUAUCAUUUACUGUAUUACCAUAGACUAUGAAGGAUAGAAAGAAUAUUCAUAAAAAGAUGACAGUGCAAUCAACCUUACCUACAUGUAUUUAUAUAUUUCUCUGAGAGAAGAAUAACAUAUCAAUUACACUACUGCCAUCUUUAUA